AUGAGGGAAGGUCGCAUAGGCGAUAGCCAAAACGAAACCGCAUGUUCUUCUCGGUCACUGACAGAGGAAACAGCGGGAACCCUAUCAUCAAUGCCUCUUCGCAAUUCUAUUCACGCGCCGCCGCAUCUUCCAUUCGAUCUGGUGGCAGAAAUACUGUGUAGACUCUCCGUCAAACUUCUCAUUCAACUCCGCUGCGUCAGUAAAUCAUGGAAUUCUCUUAUCUCCCAAGAUUCCAAGUUCGCCAAGAAGCACCUCCGCUUGUCAACCUCCAGCGAUGACCGCCACCACCUCAUCCUAUCUUCAUCUCAAUCCGUUCUAUAUCAUUCUCCAAUCUCCUCUAUCUUCAGUUCCGGACUAGGGAGUUCCUUAACUACCAGUGUCAAACAGUUCAGCCACUGUAUUAGAGAGAUUCUUAACGAAAAUGCCUAUUGUAAUGGAGUUUCCACCUGUGACGGCAUGGUUUGUUUUAUGGCAAGUGAUUGUUCAGUUGUUUUGUGUAACCCUUCUAUUAGAAAAUAUAAGAGGUUGCCUCCUUUGAAACUUCCAAAUCAAUUAUUUGCCUUACAUACCUUAGUGUAUGAUCCUUUCACCAAUAAUUAUAAGAUUAUUGCUGUUAGUACUACUGAUAGAAAAACAGAAGUCAAUGUUCAUACUGUGGGUACUACUGUGGGUACUGAUUAUUGGAGAAGGAUUCAAGACUUCCCAAAUCCUUUGGUGGCUUCUCCUGUACCCGGAAUAUUUGUGAGUGACUCUGUUUAUUGGUUGGCAUACGAUUAUGACUCUGUUAAUUGGUUGACAUUAGAUUCAUCUUCUUGCUCAUGGUUCAUUGUUUCUCUUGAUUUGGAGAAAGAGUCCUAUCAAAAGCUUUCAUUUCCUGUCAAUGAUGUGCAAUUCACAACUUCUUUUAUGACCUUAGGGACAUUGAAGGGUUCUUUGUCCCUCAUCUCUCUAAGGGACAAUUUUUAUGAUGUUUGGGUUAUGAAAGAAUAUGGAAAUGAAAAGUUUUGGAAUAAAUUGUUAAGUGUUCCUCAUAUGAAAGAAUGUGGCGUUUAUGGCAGUGCCAGAGCAUUAUAUAUUUCAAAGAAUGACCAAGUGCUGAUGGAGUUUAUCAAGAAUGGGAAAUUUAAUUUGGCUGUUUAUGAUUUCAUAAAUAAUACUUUUAAGAUUCAAGACAACCCCCAUGAUGAGAUGAUGGCACAAGAAGUCUAUGCUGAGAGCUUGAAAUCACCUUUGUAG